CUUUGACUGGGACAAAGUACCCAUGGAAGAGUCUCUUGUUUGAUUGGGAAGCUUUAGGCUUCAGUCAGUGCAAAAGACAAGAAGAAGGGAGGCAAAUUCCAGCCUUUUAAGAAGUUGUUUGGCAAGAGGAAAAAGAAAGACACUUCGAUUUCCCGGGAGGCGGAGGCAGGAAGGAAGAGCCACUCUCCCCAGAGCGUCAGCAAUGGCACCUUCUCUUCCGACGAGGAGACCCUGGAGGACGGCCUAAGGUCCUUCAACUAUUGUAUGGGAGCCCGGGCGUUUUCCCAUGACAGUAUUUUUAUCCCUGAUGGGGGAGCAGAAAGUGAGCAGACAGUUCAAGCAAUGUCACAGGACAACAUCCUGGGCAAAGUCAAAACUCUUCAGCGACAGUUGGGCAAGAACAUCAAGUUUGGGCAGCCGCCACCCCAUGCCACUCCCAUGAAGAGGGCAGACAGUGGGGAGGCUAGCCUCGAAGAGGACCCGUUCCCGGCCAGUCCCAUGGAACCUGUGGCUCCGCAGGACGUCAUCCUCUCCGACGCCGAGAACAAAUCUAGUGACACGCCAAGUUCUCCGAGUCCUCCGAAUCCGCCUGGAGCCAGAAGUGAGAUGGAAGAUAAGGCAGCUCCAGCUAAACCAUCUCGGCCCAAAAGGCACUUCUCUUCUGCUGGCACCAUCGAAAGUGUCAACCUGGAUGCCAUCCCCUUGGCCAUCGCCCGCUUGGACAACAGUGCCGCCAAGCACAAACUGUCCGUUAAGCCAAAAAACCAGAGGGUGUCAAAGAAGCACAGGCGACUUGGACUUGCCGGGGCUCGACCCGAGGAACCAGGGGGCCUUCGGAGCCAGCUGCCCCUGGACCAGAACGGACACCCUGGAGAAGACAAGCUGACGUGGCACGAGGAGGAGCCCGAGCCUCUGGGCGCCGAGGAAGAGCAGAGACGCCAGGAGGAAUACUGGCGAGAACUGGAGGCCAAGUGCAAGCGGCAGAAGGCGGAGGCAGCCGAGAGGAGGCGCCUGGAGGAGCAGAGGCUCCGGGCCCUGGAGCGGCGGCUUUGGGAAGAGAACCGCAGGCAGGAGCUCCUGGAGGAGGAAGGGGAGGAAGAAGGAGAGGAAGAGGAGGGAGAGGAGGGCGAACCACAGCCAGGGGCAGGGAAGAGGCAGUGCACCGAGGAAAGGCGGCGGCUGGACGAGCAAGGUGGCCCAGCCCCGGAGUGCAGGGAGCCAGAGGAAGGCGGGCGCCGGGGAGCCGGGCAGCAGGAGCCCCUGGGGGAGGAGGCUGAGCGGCUGCAGAGCCUCGAGCACCUGGAGCUGGAGGCGCGGAGCAGACAGGAGGAGGCCGAGAAGCGGCGGCAGGAAGAAGAGGAGAGAGAGUGGAAGGAACUCAGGAGACAGGAGGAGCUGGAGGCGCAGAGGCGGCAGGAAGCCGAGAAGCAGCGGUUGGAGGACGAGGAGAGGAAGAGGCGGGAGGAGGAGGAGGAGGAGGAGCAGAGGCUGCGGGAGGACGAGGAGAGGAAGAGGCGGGAGGAGGAGGAGGAGGAGCAGAGGCUGCGGGAGGACGAGGAGAAGAAGAGGCGGGAAGAGGAGGAGGCGCAGAGGCAGCGGGAGGAAGAGGAGAACCGGAUGAAGGAGCUCAGAAGGCGGGAAGAGGAGGAGGCCCAGAGGAGGGAAGAGCUGAGGAAGAGGCAGGAGGAUGUGGAGGCGCAGCGGCGGCAGGAAGCGGAGAAGGAGCCCCCGGGAGCACGGAGAGGGGAGGAGAGCGGGUUGGAGACUGACCGUGCAGAGGGCCCAGAGCCCCCGGAACCUGGGAAGCAAAGAGAAGACGCCCAGGAACCAAGGGUCUGCGAGAAGCAGGGUCCCGAGGCCGAGCCCUCCGGAGAGCCGCGGGGGAAGCGGGGCGAUGUUCGUGGGCAGGAUGGUGGUGCAGGCCCGGGACAGAGGGAAGAAACCAGCACCCCGCCUCCCCAGAAACCAGAGGGGUGUGUGGGGGAGAGGCCGGCCCCGGAGAGAGACCGCAGGGUGGAGGAGCUGAGGUGGCAGGAGGUGGAGGAGAGGCAGACCAUGCCCAGGCCCUACACCUUCCAGGUGUCCUCGGGAGGGAAGCAGAUCCUCUUCCCCAAGGUCAACCUGAGCCCAGUGACACCCACGAAAGACGCAGGGCUGGCGUCCGCCCCCCACCAGCCAAAGGCCCCCCGAGCCGGCCCUGCCCCGCACGCGCUGCCCUCGUCCCUGAGCAUCCCGCACACGGCCAUCCUGGUCACCGGCGCCCAGCUGUGCGGCCCCGCCGUCAACCUGAGCCAGAUCAAGGACACGGCGUGCAAGUCUCUGCUGGGCUUGUCGGAAGAAAGGAAGCCCGGGGAUGCCCCGGCCCUGGAGAGCCCGCCCCGGGCCCCGGCCGACCCCCGGGCCAGCAGCGGGAGGGCCCGGCCCCCGCAGGAGUCGGCGAGCAGCGCCAGCGCGGCUGCCCUGGCCGAGUGGGCCUCCAUCCGCUCCCGCAUCCUGAAGAGCGCAGAGGGCGACCCGCGCGGCAGGAGAGACCCGCCUCCGCCCGGGGACGAGCCCGCGCCCAGGGGCCGCUGUGAUUCCCGGGGGAACCUCCGGAGGACCCCGCCAGGAAAUGCGAAGUUCUCCAUCAUGCCCGCCUGGCAGAAGUUCUCCGAUGGGGGCACAGAGGCCUCCAAACAGAGCGCUGAAAGCAUGAGGAAAAGACCGGGGCCGGGAGCCAGCGAGCAGGCGGCGCCCCCGCCCCUGGCGGCUGCUGAUAGCGAGGAGCCUCAGAAAGGCCCGGAGAGUCUGGGGGUGCACCAGGAGCCAACAGACACCACCGAGGGCUGCAAGUUUGCCAAAGACCUCCCAUCGUUCCUUGUUCCCAGCCCUCCUUACCCUCCGCAGAAAGCGGUGGCCCACGCGGAGCCCGGGACCGGGUCGGGCAGUGAGGCCGCCAGUGGCAAGGGAAGGCCGGACCCGGUGAUGCCAGGCGGGGAGGAAAAAGCCUCCCCUUUCGGGAUCAAGUUGAGAAGGACCAACUACUCCUUGCGCUUCCACUGCGACCAGCAGGCAGAACAGAAGAAGAAGAAGAGGAACAGCAGCGCCGGGGACAGGGCCGAGGGGGCGCCCCCGGCACCAGAGGGCACGGGUGGAGAGAAGGAGGCAGAGGGUGUGGCCCUUAAGCACGGCCCAUCCCUCCCCGCAGAGAGCAAGCAAGGCCCAGGCACCUGGAAGGACUCCGCUGUCAGCCCCUCCAGCCCCCCUCCCACCGCCCAGCCUGGACCCCCACCCGUCAGCAGCCAGACCCCGGCCCCAGAGCACGCCAAGGCAGCAAGCAGGAUGCCCGUGGCGCAGAAGCCAGCCCUGGCGCCCAAGCCCUCCGGGCAGACCCCCCCGGCCUCCCCACUCUGCAAACUGAGCAGGCCCUACCUGGUAGAGCUGCUGGCUCGGCGGCCGGGGAAGCCUGACCCGGAGCCCAGCGAGCUGAGCAAGGAGGGCCAGGAGAGCCGCGAGCCUGGGCCGCCCUCACCACCGCCUCCCAGGAGGGAAGAGAAGGAAGAGGUGGAAACAGAGAGGAACGCUGCUUCUCCUGCUCGGUCUGCGGCCCCACAAGAGAAGCCUUGCCCAGCGCUCGAGGCCGGGAGGAAAGAAAAGCCGGUGCUUCAGAGCAGACACUCUUUAGAUGGCUCCAAACUUGUGGAGAAAGUUGAAACCGCGCAGCCACUGUGGAUAACGUUAGCCCUGCAAAAGCAGAAGGGGUUUCGGGAGCAGCAAGCUACUCGAGAGGAGAGGAAGCAGGCGAGGGAGGCCAAACAGGCAGAAAAGCUCUCCAAGGACAACGUCAGUGUCGGUCCACAGCCAGGAAGCAGCAGUGUCUGCAGAGCUGGAUCCCUGCUCAAGUCCACAGCUCAGCCGGAAGAGAAGAAGCCGGAGACAGCAGGGUCCAGGCUUGAGCGCAGAGAGCAGCUGAAAAAGGCCAACACCCUUCCCACAUCUGUGACAGUGGAGAUCUCUGAUUCGCCUCCCCCAGCGCCACUGGUGAAAGAAGUCACAAAGAGGUUUUCCACCCCCGAUGCUGCUCCCGUCUCAACAGAACCAGCCUGGCUGGCUUUGGCCAAAAGGAAAGCCAAGGCCUGGAGCGACUGCCCACAGAUUAUUAAGUAAAGAGUGACUCUUCUCCAUUCCUACUCCCAGUUAUUGGCUCCUCUCUUGUCCUUUUUAUUUAUUUUUUAUAUGAGGUAAAGAAACCAAGCUAGGGAAAAGAAGCAUGUUUUAUAGGCUCUAAAAUAACGCUUAGAAACUGGACUGGUGGUGUUCCUUGUAAGAGUGUAUUUGCACAACCCUAGGUCCUGGUGCCUUGAGCUCCUCCUAGUUCUAAAGAGAAAGUUCUGUCCGAGGGACCACAGGAAGCAAGAUCUCCUGACUGAGAACUCCUCAGGAGCCUGCCACCCCAUUCCACAGCCCUUCCACACACGGACGCCCGCACACCACUGAACAUGUACUUUUGCCAAUCUUUACAAUGCUUUUUUGACUCUGUGCUCCAGUUUCUUUUAUCCAAAACUUUUACCCUGCCAUAUUUAAGGAUGUCUACCUUUUUCUACAGCAAUGGUGAAAGGACCACAGGGGGAGAGAGAUAAGAACCCUCAUUCUCCUGAGUGCAGCCAGUAACUGAAUUGCAAGUCACAGUCUGGCUCCCAAGUCUGUGCCCAUGUCUGGUUUUCAUGAAUUUUCCCCAACCUGAACUAACACAGAAAGGGAAUCCAUCCACGCCUCUUCCACACUGUGGAGGCCCCAUUACACCAGGACUCGCCUUCAGGACAUGUUCAACAUUUGGCUCCUAGGGAAUGUUUUUAUUUAAUACGGUAAGAAAAGGAAACUACAACUUCUCUUUCUGUCUGAGACUCCCCAUCUAGUGCAGUUGUUCUUAAGAUGUCCAGGCUCCAUCAGGCCUACUGUGAGGACAGGCUGGAAACGUAUAAGCUGGCAAAACCCUUCAGAUGAAUUCUGAUAUAUCCAAGGUUGAGAACCUUGGAAUACAUUGCUUCUGCUGUAAUCUAGAUUUUAAAACUCUGAGAGGGAGACUCAUUGCACCCAAAGAAGCAAAAGUGAGAUGGGAAAAAUAAUGAAACCAUCCCUCCCUCCCGCAGCUGUUUAGUUAGCAGGAAGAAAAGAUGUGGAGCCUUUGUACUAAGGAUCUCCUGUGGGAAGUUUCCUUCUUUACCAUAACUGACUAUUUCAUAUUCAGAGUCAAAUAUUCAACAGCAUUCAUCAUUCAGAGCAUUCACCUUGCUACCUUUAAAAAACAUCUCAGAGUUUUAAGUGGCCUUGUUAUUAUACACACGUGAUACAAAGAAGGGACCUGGCUAUUUAAAAGCCACAUAUAUUCACUAUUUCCCUAAAUUUGCUUUACAUGAAACAUAGACAUACAGCAAACCCACACAUUGCUGCUGCUGAUUUUACAUUUCGUGGUGUUGGCACAUUCCCAUUUUCUUAGCUCCUGACUCCCAAGUAUAAGUACAGACCUUCUGCCCAGUGCAAGGAAAAUUACAUCCUUUUUUCCUCUCCUACAAAAAACCGCAUUUUAUUAUUAUGCAUCAUUAUUUUCCUUUAUGCUCACUCAACAAGCAAUGUGCUAUUAUUCUGUGCUGUUAUUCUACCAUUUACCUUAAAGAAAGGAUGACUGGCAGUUAUUUACCAUAUAGAAGGCAUUUUCUUUCUGGAGACGAUGGCUCGGCCUUAUGGUAGCUGCUGGCAUGUGUGGUCAUAAGGAUAGCUGUACUCUUGCAAGUAGGAUUUAAUAUUAUAUAUAUACUAGUAUACUGGACCUUCAGACUGUUAAGAAUCAAUGGAACUUUAUAAUUUUUGUAUUGCUAUGGGAAGCACUAUUCCACUGCACGUUUUUCCAGCUGAUGUUCAUUUCUAAAUCAAAUAUGUAGACAUUUGUUAGUUUCAAUGACUUCCUCAUUAAUACAACACUUUUUAAUAGUUUUUUCACCCAAGUCCUGGAAUUUUAGUGCUACAGUAAUUCUUCUGAAUUGACGUUUUCUAUCAUCUUAUCAGUUUGGGAUGUCACAGUAAUGGCAGAGAGCAAGCGAAGAAAUCAGAUUAACCAAGAAUGGUAGAUGAGUGCACUCUGUACUGGCUCACUUACCAUAAAUCCCAUUCGAACUAGGAGAAAUACCUCAGUUUAAAAGUUUCCUUCAAAAUCUUUAAAAGAAGAGUAUACUGAGGAAAGCACAGUCACAGCAUUUACUUCCAACAACUUCUAAAGGCUAUAUGUUUAAUAUUUCAUGUAAAAAUUACUCCAAAUUUGCACUAAAUACCAAUGAAGUGUUAUUAUGUUUUAAUUGUGUUGCAGUCUUUCAACAAACUAGGGGGGAAAUUCUGUAAAAACAUAAAAAAUUCAAGACUUUUUAAAAAAUCCUAUUGCUAUGUUAAAUACACAGGUGGUUUUUUGUUUAUUUGUUUUUAAUUAAAACAAACACACUUCCCUUGGCAAGGUUAUAGAUUAACCUCUGUUCAUAGACAUAUAUAUAUAUAUAUAUAUAACUAGAGUUUUUUGUUUACUUUUUAAAUUUUUCAAGUGCAAUUGUUUCUUAUACAUUAAUUACUAUUAAAUUAUCAUUUUAGCCAGUUAUCAGCAAAUUGUAGUAUGUAUUGUCUCUUCUUGUGACGUUUAGUUUAAUUGCUUAUUUUAAAGCAGAAAUAUUAGAGUUACAAGUGUCUUGCAAUAUUUUUACCAACAAUAAAAUUAAGUAGAGGCUUAACCAUGAAAAUACCUUAGUGUGAUUUUAAUAUUAUUUUUAAAUUUUGGUUGUAUAAAGGUUUAAUGUAAAAUGUCCAUUAUUGAAGGAAAAUGAUCUUUCAAUAAAAAAAAUCCACAAGAUCUUUAGCACCAACAGAAUUUCCUUUUCAAGUUUAUGUUUUUACUAAUUUCAAGCAAGCUCAUAUUUACAUAGCUUUUGUUGCAAAAGAAAUACUUCAAGGCAUUUUAUAUGGUACCUUAUUAUAUUUUUUACUAGGUGUUUUUGGAGAAAACUAAUGAAUAGGGUCAACUAAAUGUUUAUCUUAAUCCUCA